AAGGGUUUAGGGGAGAACUGAAAACCUCACUUCGCCGGCGGCGAAUUAGUUGGCGGCGGCGGGAGGGGAAACCACGUUCUACCUCUCGCAGUUCUCCGUGCCUCUCCAGACCUCACCGCUGGCUGACGGGCACGACAAGCCGCCUCCGUCCACCGAAGUCCUCUCUACCUCCCGUCGCCCCAGAUCGCCUUCCUCCCUAUCUUCCUCGCCAUCUACUGCUGCUGCUGGACUGGCGAGGGGCGGAGAUCCGUCCAGCCCUGGAUUUACUGCUUUUAUGUUCGCUGUUGGUCUUCGGCGUGCAAGCUCAAUUGAGUUGAGACCAUAAAGAUUUGUCACCCGAGGUGCUAGUGCAGCGGUAACAAACCCCAUGACCCGCGUUAAGUCUGCCCCUGGUGGGCAAAGAAAUUGGAGCAGCGGCGGGUCUACCAGUGGAAGAAAGAACAAGGAAAAAGGAGAUGAUAGAGCAAAAGGAACCAGGGUUGCAAGUUGGAACAAUAGCAAGGAGACGGAAGGACACAAAGGGCGCCAAGGAGAUGCGGGAUCAACAAGGCGUUGGAGUGAGGGAGUGCCUCGAGUUGGUGAGAAGAAGAGCAUGUCUGGGUUUGACAGGAGGAAAAGGAAGAUCGACGGCGACUCAUGGGAUGAUGAUGGUGGUGGCAAGAAUGUUUCGCCUUCCAAGUCAAAGUUUACCAGAAAGACUGCUUCCACCAUAAACCGUCGAAAAGUUGUUCCUGGAAAAGAUCAUAGAUUGAAGUCUCGAAGUUUGUACGAGGAAGAUUCACGUGCAGGGAGGAGGAGUACAAGCAAGGUUUCUGAUAUUAGAGGGAUCAAGGGUCGAUCACCGCUCAGUAACAAUUCUGGAGCAUCAAAAGGGAAGAAGUUUGAUGCGUCUACAGAAUUCAGGCGUACAAAAAGGGGUGGAGCGAAGGAUGUUGCUUUGGAUGAGGAAGUUGAAGAUAACAAGAAAUCAGAUGACUCAGGUCAUAUUACUGAAGAAGAGAAACCUCGCCCUCGCCUUACUCGAGUGCUGGACCAGAGUGGGAAGAAGUUAAAGCCUGCUAAGAAGGAUGUCGUUCCUGAUGCUGAGGAACCUUCUCCUCCUAAGAAGAGAAAACGAAUGAAGCUUGAUCCUUAUGACACUUCAAACAAACGGAUUGAAGAUUCUCCUCCUGUCCAGGAUGUUUCCAGAGCAGAGAAGGUUAUGGUGAAGUGUGCACCUGAAGAGACUGAAAUGUCUAUAAAUGCAAAAUUCCGUGCUAUACAGCCAGCUCCAUCAAUCCUUUCAUAUGUUGAAGAUAAUUUACUAGGUCGUAGGCGUCUAAAUGAGAUAAAAAAUGCUGGCUACAAUGUCAAGAUUUCUGCUCCUUUGGAUAAUGUUCCCUUCUCAACCAGCACAGAACGUGAGCGCAUAGAAGAAAGUGUGUUCAGAAAUCAGCUGGAAUUCUUUGCUGCUGCCAAGAUGUCUUCAUCAUUCCCUCCUCCUACACUUCCAGAGAUAGCAUUCGCAGGUGUAUCAAAUGUUGGAAAAUCCUCACUCCUAAAUGCACUUACAAGACAAUGGGGCAUUGUGCGAACAUCAGAUAAGCCAGGACUUACUCAGAGUAUAAAUUUCUUUCGGCUUGCAUCGAAGUUAUGCCUUGUUGAUUUACCUGGAUAUGGAUUUGCUUAUGCAAAGGAAGAAGUUAAGGAAUCAUGGCAAGACCUUGUGAAGGAAUACGUUUCUACCAGGGUUGGCCUAGAAAGAGUGUGUCUUCUUGUGCACACUAAACGUGGAAUGAAGCCAUUGGACUAUGAGCUUGUAGAUUUAAUGGAAAGGCACAAGACACCGUACCAAAUUGUACUGACCAAGACUGAUUUAGUUUUCCCGAUAGAUGUCGCUCGCCGUGCUGUGGAAAUCCAAGAGAGUCUAAAGAAGAAUAAGUCAGUGGUAAAACCAGUGAUGAUGGUGAGCUCUAAAACAGGAGCUGGCAUACGCAACCUGAGAGGUGUGCUUGGAAAAUUGGCUCGCUUCAUCAAACCUUAGCCAAGCGACUGCAAGUUUUGGACACUGCAUCAAAGGAGGCUAGCUAAAGCAUUCCUAGGUAGGUUAGGAUUCGGAGGCUAGCUGUAUCACAGGCUCAGAUUUGGAUAUUAGUGAACUGUUGUCAUUUUGAGGGGAUUAAUGCCAUGUAGAGAUCAGAUCACAUUCCCGAUCUACAUAAUUCCGUCAAUUGCUUAAUUCCGUGAAAUAACUGAGGUUUCCACAUUUGGAGAUAUACGGUGCUCACAAAAGCCUACUGGUGUUUUGUUGGCUCUUGCUGGUCACCGUACAUCCUUUUAUGCAUGGCUCCUUGAUGUAGACUGUGGAGUACAUUUUCGGUGAUGAUUUAUGAGUCACUCACAGAUGUUUAUGUUC